AUGUCGGAUGUGCUCGUCUUCUGCUCAGGCAUGUCGUGUUUAGAUCUGGGAGAAUCCAGUGGGGAUAGUUUGUUGACCCAGACUCCACUCUUUUUGCCUGUCACCCCUGGAGAGCCAGCCUCCAUCUCCUGCAGGUCUAGUCAGAGCCUCCUGCAUAGUGAUGGAUAUACCUAUUUGAAUUGGUACUUACGGAAGCCAAGGAAGCCUUCACAGCUCCUGAUCUAUGAGGCUUCCAACCAGUUUUCUGGGGUUCCCGACAGGUUCAGUGGCAGUAGAACAGGCACAGACUUCACACUGAAAGUCAGCAGAGACAAGGCUAAGAAUGUUGGGAUUUAUUUCUGCAUCCAAGGUACACGAUCUCCUCGCAUGUACACUUUCGGCCAAGGGACCAAGCUGGACAUCAAACGAGAUGUGGCUGUGCCAUCUGUCUUCAUCUUCCAGCCAUCUGAGGAGCAGGUGAAAUCUGGAACUGCCUCUGUUGUGUGCAUGCUGAAUGGCUUCUAUCCCAGAGAAGUCAGUGUAAAGUGGAAGGUGGAUGACGUCGUCCAGUCGAGUAACGUCCAGGAGAGUGUCACAGAGCAGGACAGCAAGGACAACACCUACAGCCUCAGCAGCACCCUGACGCUGAGCAGCACAGAAUACCAGAGGCACAACGUCUACGCCUGUGAGGUCACCCAUCAAGGCUUGAGCUCGCCCCUCACGAAGAGCUUCCGUAAAGGAGAGUGUUAGAGGGAGAGGUGCUCCAGGCCCACCACCUGUUCCUCAGUCCCAGCCUCUCCCCCUCCCAUCCUUUGGCCUCUGGCCCUUUUCCCACAAGGGACCUACCCCUAUUGCUGUCCUCCAGCUCAUCUUUCACCUCAUUCCCCUCCUCCUUCUUGGCUUUAAUGAUGCUAAUAUUGGAGGAGAAAGAAUAAAUAAAGUGAAUCUUUGCACAUGU